CCCUCUUUCACUCGACCUCUCUCUCCCUCCCUUCGCCUCACCCUCUUUCACUCCGAACUGAGCCACACACACACAAAACAGAAUUGCCACAUCACUCUACACAUCCUCUCUCCUGCUUCCCUUGAAUAGUUUUAUUUGAUAUUUUUACAAAAUAUGUAAAUGUAAAAGAAAUGACAAAUGUUUUCGACUUGUAUUCGUUUUUUCCAAACCACCUGCUGUUUGUAAUUGACAGCUAAUCGUUUUCCCCCCCUUCUAUUUUCAAUUUGUGCAUGCUAAUCCCAGGCAUAGAUUGUCUAUUUCUUCAGUUUUCUUCAUGAACUGAGUCAUCUUCUACCCCCCCACUUCCUUCUUAGUCCCAUACCCUCUGUUCUUCCACUCCUCCCACUCUCUUCCUAUCCUCUUUAUCUCCCUUUCCCCCUGCAGCAUCAAUCUCUCCUUUCCCCUGUCCCUAUCAACAUCUGCCUUGCCUGUGCCUGACAUUCUUUUAUCUGUCUUACAUCCCCUUGUAUCUCUCUUCUCUCCUGUGUCCAUGCUCACAUGCACAUACUAAGACAGUAUAUGUAAUAGUCCAGUCCAGAAUACUGUACUUAAUUUUUUGAAUAUUAUUUACUAUACAUUAUACAGUACAAAAUCAUCAACUUAACACACACAAACACACAGGUGUAUCUGUCCCAACAAGUCCUUCAUGUGGUCCACCUUCUUCAUUCAAGAUGAGGAUGGAAGGCCAGCGGGCUCAGCUGGGAGCGGGACUGCUGGAGGGGUGGCUGGAAUGUCCGGUUUUGGGGGUGGGCGCAAAGGAGUUGGGGCUAAGCGCCGGGCCAGAGCAACAGCAUCAUCAGGCACAGGCGGGAUGAGCGAAAACCAGGAGGGGAAGAUCAAGCUGGCGUUCUUCCUGGCGAUCGUGGGUGUGAUUUUGAGUGUGCUGGGUGUGGGCACAGAGUUCUGGGUGGAACUAUCGCCGUCGAAGAGUUUCUAUGGCAACCAGACAUGUUUGACGGCCCAUUUUGGACUGUGGAAGUGCUGCUCCAGGACCCUGUGGGUGGCCGACAUAGACCCAGAGAGGGAGAGCUGCGGUCCAGCUGACCUGCCUGGAGAGUCAAACUGCAGCUACUUCAAGUUCUUUACUACUGGAGAGAGUAAGAUGCUUUUUCAGAAGACAAUGGUGAAAAAUCUGAACAUUGCGGCAGCCAUGUUGUCCAUGUUCAGCCUCUUCCUCAUGGUCAUGGGGUCAGUCUGCGUUACCAUGGCUCUCAGCAAGGGGGUCCAGUUCUUCCUGAAACCCGCUUCCUUCUGCUUUGUCCUGUCAGGCAUCCUGGUGUUCCUGUCUCUCAUAGUCUUCCAUCAGUCCGUUCUUUCUUUCCUGGCCAGCGACCAUACUGUGCCCCUGCACCACGAGCUGUCCUGGUCAGUGUCUUCUAUGGGCUGUGCUGGAGCCAUCCUCAUCCUGGGAGGAGCCCUCUUUCUGCUCCUGGCCCUGCCCUACAGCCCCUGGCAGAGAUGUCUGCCUCACCAGGACAGCAACAGCUAGUGGCCGUGAGGAAGUAUUGCAAUUGAAUAACAUAUUUUUUUAUUCUGUGACACAGUAUACACAGGAUUACUAACUUGUCCUGAAUUUUGUUAAUUAAGGAUGGGUUUUGUACUGCGUCAGUUCAUGCGUCGGGACCAGACAUGGGUUAAAAUAGCUAGUGCAACACAUUAUUUGGAUGAACUUCAAUUACCUUCCUAGGAAAAAUCUAUUAAAAGUGGUUCCAAGGAUAGUAUUUAGUAUAGUACGCACUAUCAACUGACCUAUUCUGAUGGCAUGCAACUGACUUAGUUUAGGGUCAUGGAUGAUUGCUGUAGGAAUUUGUCAAAUCUAAGUUAGAACUUCUGUAGAAGAGGCACCCUCAAUUAAAAAUGUUACCUUUGUGCCAGAUGUCUGACAUCUGCCACAAUAAAACCAAUUUCUGUCUAACUCCCCCCCCCCCCCCCCUAUUGCAAUUACACAUCUUUUUUUCUGCUGUUACACAGUACACAUAGGAUUACUAACUUGUCCUGAAUGUUGUUUGUUUUUUAGGGAUGGGUUUUUGUACUGCGUCAGUUCAUGCGUAUGGACCAGACUUGGGUUAAAAUAGCUAGCGCAACACACUAUUUGGAUGAACUUCAAUUACCUUCCUAGGCAAAAUCUAUUAAAAGUGGUUCCAAGGAUGGUAUUUAGUAUAGUAGAAAUUGUAGAAGUGGAAAAAAAUGCUACCUCUCAGCCAAAUUUCUGUUUUCUGGCAAAAUAAAACCAAUAUCUGUCUAACUAUUUACCCCCCCCCCCCCCCCCCCCCCCCCCCCCCCCCCCCCCCC